AUGGGAUUAUCGACUUCUAAAAUCUUGGACUCGCUCAUGGAGGGUACUAACUUUGAUCGAGAAGAGAUCGACCGACUCAGAAAGAGAUUCAUGAAGCUAGACAGUGACGGUAGUGGAACCAUCGACAAGAAUGAAUUUCUAGCCAUUCCAGGAAUCUCUUCCAAUCCAUUGGCAUCGAGACUAAUGGAUGUUUUUGAUGCAGACAACGAUGGCACCAUCGAUUUCCAGGAGUUCAUCACGGGUCUUUCGGCAUUCAGUGGCAGAACAUCCAGAUCCGACAAGCUCCGGUUUGCAUUCAAGCUCUAUGAUAUUGAUCAAGACGGAUUCAUUGGAAAUGGCGAAUUGUUUAUUGUGAUGAAGAUGAUGGUGGGAAAGAACCUUCAGGACGAGGAGCUCCAGCAAAUUGUGGACAAAACGAUCAUGGAGAAUGACACUGAUGGUGAUGGCAAGUUGAGCUUUGAAGAGUUCAAAAUGGCUGUGGAUCUGAAGCUGGUUGCCAGUGCAUUAACAUUGAGUGCAUUCUAG